UCGCUCGACCGUCCCCUUGAUUGUGCUCGGUUUAGCGCACAGGUGAAUUCGCAGAAUAACUGGUACUAAGCCUUGUUGAUUUACACUUCUUUCCGGUGUCGACACUCAGCGGCUCGUGACCGUACGGUCAAGUGUGGGAAUUUCUUCAAGUCAAGGGAUGUCGUGUCCCUUUGGACGUGAUAUUCAUAUAUAUUAUAUUGUCGUCGAAGUAAACGUGUCGCAGGAGGAGAGAAAUUUCCGUCCGUAGUAGUUCCAGAAACGAGGGGAUGAAGCUCUCGUGUUUGUAGCUCCGUUCGGCUGGUGUUCGCUCGGUGUUCUUUAAAGUCGGAAAGCGUCGUUUUUAAACUGUUUGCUCUUAGUUUCGGUAAACUGCACUCAGUACGUGUCGGAUGGCUGCGACCUCAACACGGACUGUUCGUUAGUCGGAGCCGUACUCGGAACGUGUGAGGUAAUUUUGUGCUGCGUAGGUCGUAGGAAGAUCUGUGUUGAAAAAACCCAAAGUGGUAUUUUAUCAUUAAAUUUGCCGAAGAAUGCCGGCACAUACAUACAGAUAAUCUCGAUUCAUAGUAGCGUAUUUAUUUCUAAGCAGUAAAAUCUGUGGGGAGCCUCUCCUUCGGAUGGUGCAGUGCAACAGGAGGUCCUGAGUCGGGGACAGUUGACCGCUACUUGUACUAUGGUGGUGGAGAGGACGCUUCUCGCCGCGCGCCAAGGAGAUGCGCAGACUCUGAAAGUGCUAUUUGCGGAGAAGGUGCUGCACGCGGGCGUGAGGGACCCGCUGGGCGCCUCCCCGGUGCAUCACGCUGCCCGGUGCGGGAAACUCCCCUGCGUGCGCUACCUGGUGGAGGAAGCGGGUUUACCCGGGAACUGUCUCGCGAAGAACGGCGCGAGCCCGGCGCACGACGCCGCGGCCACCGGCAACUUGGCCUGCUUGCAGUGGCUCGUGACGCAGGGAGGGUGCCGAGUGGCGGACAGAGACAGCUCUGGGGCCACUGUCCUACAUCUUGCAGCCCGCUUCAGCCACCAUGAGAUAACUGAAUGGCUAUUGAAGGGAGGGGAAGGUGACCCCAAAGUGGCCACAGACACAGGGGCACUACCUGUCCACUACGCUGCUGCUAAGGGAGACUUGCCCACUUUGCAGCUCCUGCUGGGACACAGCCCAAGUGUAGUGAAUGCCCAGACAAAGAAUGGUGCCACGCCGCUAUACCUGGCUUGUCAGGAGGGCCAUCUGGAGGUAGUGCAGUAUCUGGUGAAGGACUGUGGGGCGGAGCCACGCAUCAGAGCCAAUGAUGGAAUGACUCCCCUCCAUGCUGCUGCUCAGAUGGGUCACAUGACAGUCAUUGUUUGGCUGAUGAGUUUCACUCAGAUCAGCCUUUUGGACCGAGAUGGUGAUGGUGCCACAGCCAUGCACUUCGCAGCUAGCCGUGGCCACGCCAAGGUCCUCAGCUGGCUGCUGCUCCACGGUGGUGAGAUUGUGACUGACAACUGGGGUGGGACGCCCCUGCACGAUGCUGCAGAAAACGGGGAACUGGAGUGCUGUCAGGUCCUGGUUGUGAAUGGAGUAGAUUUGGGGAUGCGAGACCUGGAUGGAUUCUCAGCAGCGGACCUUGCUGAGUACAAUGGGCACGCUCAGUGUGCCAAGUACCUGCACACCGUUGAAAACAUGAGUGUGGAGCACCGUGUGCUCUCCAGGGACCCGUCGAUUGACCUAGACAGCAAGCAGCUGGACUCCGGCCUCUGCUCCCCCAACAACACAUUCUCGUCCUCCGUCCAGCCUGCCCACUUCCAAGUGGGAUCCCCCGCAAGCGCUCUAUCCAACUAUGACUCCUGCACCUCCAGUCAGUCCAGCACUGGGGAGAAGAGGAGUGGAGUUUCUGGAACACGGACCCCAGCUGGUUCCUCAGAGUCAGCUGUCACAGACAUGCAGACCUACAUGGACAUGUUGAACCCAGAUGCAAGAACAGGAAUGCAGAAGAAGGGGGUGCCACAUACCAUAUCUCCUCCACCCCCACCAGCCUAUCCUCCUCCCCUACCCCCACAUCCCCCUAUCACUACUCCUCAAGUUCCAGCCCCACCCAGCUACCCUGCACCCAACACCCCUGAAGAUCAGCCCUCAGCUGAGAUCUACUUGAAGGUGAAGAGCAACCUGAGGCAUGUGGAGAAUGAUACUGUUAAAAAAGAGCAGCUGACUACAGGAGAGAACUCAGACCGGCUGCGCAGAGUAGACUCUAACAGGAAGUCGCGCAGCUUCAGCAAACAGCCCAGCACUGGGGAUUACUACAAAGCUCUGGGCAGUGACACCGCCAGCGGUCGUGGGAUUAGGGCCAUGGUGCCCAGUGAGGAGGGUUCCCUGCUGCUGGAAGAGCCAGCUGAUGGCCUGGAAAAUGGAGCUUCAGAUCAUUUCCUGCCCCCACCCCCACCACCUCUCCCUCAAACCCAACACACACCCACACCAGCUCCUCCUCCACCCCCACCACUGCCCUCAGAAAACCCUCCAUCCAAGUACAGUUCCAACCAGCGUCGCCCUUCGUCUUCUGCUGGAACAACUGGAGAUGUGGUCAAGCCAAUAAGAAGCACAAAGUCAUUCAACAUGAUGUCCCCAAAUGGAGACAACUCUGAACUGCUUGCGGAGAUUAAAGCUGGGAAGAGCCUGAAGCCCACGCCUCACAGUAGAGGAUACUCAACCAUCUACACCAACAGAGCCUCAGAAAGCAGUGGAGAAAAUCCUACAUGUCCAUUGACAUCCUCAUCACAGUCUGCCUCCCUACCCCAUGCGGCACCCGCCACACCUACCACCACUAGCCCAGAAAGCCCGUCUGCCUCCAAGCCCCUGGUGACCUCGUUUAGCUAUGAGCAGCUGCCCCCAAUGGUCAAUGGUAACACGGAAACCCGUAAAACCAGCGUUGUAGAUGUGGAGGCACUGGUCCCCACCCAUGACGAGCAGGGACGUGCCAUUCCAGAGUGGAAGAGACAGGUGAUGGUGCGCAAGCUCCAGGUGAAGCUGCAGGAGGAGGAAGAACACAAGCGCAAGGCUGAGAAGGACCAGGCACGACUGGCCUGCGUACCUGCCUGGAAGAGGGACAUCAUAAAGAAGAAGCUGAAUGAUGAGAAGUCGGACAGGGAGCUUAAAAGAAAAGAAGAGGAACAGGAAAGAGUGAGAAAAGAAAAUGAAGAAAAAUCUGAGCUGGAGAGACUUCGAACUUUGGGUUACGAUGAGACCAAGCUGGCACCAUGGCAACGGCAAAUCAUCCUGAAGAAAGGAGAUGCAGCAAAGAAAUAGACCCUCAUCAGCCAUUCCCAUCCUACUUUUUUCCUCUGUCAAGGACCCUCUGAAGGCUCAGCAGGCACUGAGCGACCAUGGCGAAAGACACAAUUACUCAGAAGGCCACCACUUCAAAUAAGAGUUUGUACAACUUAUACUAUUUGUAGCUUCAUACAGCUACUCUGAAAGCAUGAACAACCUUUUUAGUAUAAAUUGCUUCAUCGGUCUUCCCUUGCCAUUUUUGCAUUGUUUCUCAUAUAUGAGGCUAACUGAUCUCAGUAUUUACUUCGGUCAGCCAGGGUGCCUUGUGGGUAAUGAAUAAGACUAUGUGCCAUGAGUCAUAUGUGCCAGUAAAGGCAGCGCAUCUUCAGCAGAGGGAGUCUGUCAUGGUAAUUCAUAGUUAGAUGAUGCCUAUUAGCAUGUCGUGCAUAGCAUAUCAGAGUUCUUGUACAGUACAUCUUUGGAACAUUUAAGUGGAAAAACUAGUCCACAUGUAUCAGAUAGUAUUGUCAUUCAGUUUAAUAGGACUGUUAUUAAAAAAUUUGGAGCAAGUGUUUUCAGUACAUUACCAUAUGUGUUCACAUUAUUACCAGUUGAUUGAAUUAGACAUUAUGUCUUCAGAGAGGAAAGGUAUUUGUAUUUGUAUUUAAUUCUUGACAUGGCUUAUGAUAAAUGAUAGGUGAAAAGUUAACAUUUAUGGGACUAAAUACAAACUAACACUCUUGAUAUCUAGUGAUAGAUUAAGAUUUGUACAGGACUAAAUCAUUGUUUACACACAUCAUCUGAACCGCUUGUCCCAUACGGGGUCGCGGGGAGCCGGAGCCCAACCCGGCAACA